AAGUUGCAGUAUGCCAGAGAUUCCAGAAUGCUUGAAUCGCCGCUACUUGGCUCUCGAUGAACUGAUCAAGGACUUGUCUUCGGGAAUGUCAAAUUGUAGAUCUAAAGCGGAUUGUCCAGCUGAGUCAACCACCGACGUCGGUAUCAAACUAAUGUGCGAUUUCUGGAACAUUCUCAAAGAAGACCCCGAUUGUGACUUGACUCAAGCAGUUCAACAACGUAUGGGUUUGAAUGAGAAAAGUAACAACGGGUAUAGAACUCAACCCGUCUCUUGCUAUAUGGCAAGAACGGGGAGCAACAAUGAUAACGACGAGAGCAAGAAGAGAUGCGCUGUAAAUAAAAUUAAAAAUUUUUGCUGCCAUAGUCCCGAACCGGAGUCUACACUAAAAUGUUCAGCAUCGAAAUCAGUUUCUCAAAGCAUGGAUACUGAUGUACUACCACUCAGCAAGGUUCUUUGUAAUUUGAAAGAGGCAGCAUCGUUUGAUAAGAAAUGCAAUGUAAGAGUGAACGAGCUGAUAAAAACUCAGAAACAACUGCAAGAUCAGAUACAACAUUUAGAACACAGAGAAAAGGACGGUGUAGAGUUGCUGAAGCAAGCAGAUUGUAUGUGGUCGUGUAUGGAAGAUGCGUAUAAGAAAAAAAUAUCCGAGUCUCUAGAAAGGCAGAAGGAUUUAUUAAAGCAGUUAAAAGAAGUCGAAGCAAGCACGACAAAAUGGCGUAAAAAUAAGAAAGAUUUGGAAUUUCAAAUUGAUAAUGUAAACAAAUGUCAACAAGAGAUAUUGGACAAGAUUAAUCAGAAAACGAAUGACAUUAAAUGUAUAGAAAUGGAAAUAGGCGAAUUUAACAAGCGAAUAGAAAAUAAUAAAAAAGAUGCAGAAACUGCUAAGAAGUCUUUGAGUAAUAAAAAACAGGCGUCAAACUUAAAAAUUACUUCUAUAAGUACUGAGAUCACCAAAGUCCAGAAAAAAUUAAAAGAUGAACAGAAAAAUAAAUAUGAUAAAGAACAAGAGGGUAAUCAAUAUAUAAAGGAAGCACGAGAAGAUUUACAGAAGAUAUGUAGAGUAUUGUUAGAGAAGAAACUUGAAAAUGAAGAUCAAAAGGCAGAGCGUGAAGCAUUAAUAUUGGAGCUCGAUAUGUUGAAACAAACAUGCGAUCAAUGCAGAGAUAAAUGCAAAAACAAACAUAUAUCAAUUAAUAACGAAAUUAUGAAGAUCGACAAAGAAAUAGCACAAUUUAAAGUUAAAUGCAUUAGAUGCCACGAAUGUACCGAUACUGCUGAUGUUAGGACAUUUUGUACAGAUUGUCCACGAUGUCUUGAAGCACGAGAUUGUUUAUAUACAGAUGGUCAAUGCAAACCUGACCAUACGAUGGAUUGUGUGUGCAUGAGUAUAAAGCAGAAAUUUCUUGAUAAUGUCUUUGAUAAUAUGUACACUGUAUUGGAAAAAGAAGCUAAAACAGGUCCUGGUAAAGCAGUAGCUGAAGCAGUCCUGCGUUGCUUAAAAAAAAGUAGAAAUGGGAAAUUGAACGAAGAAACAAGAAAAAUUCUCCAAGAUUUUAUAUUAACAACGGUAAAAAAGAAUUUAAAUUUGACUAUUGUUGGAGGUGCAGUGAAGACUCGAUGUGAAAUGGAUGCGGAAACCUAUAAUCAAUUAAUGCUCUGUCUCAAAGAAGUGAAAUUAACGCAACCUUUAAAAGUGGAUGUUGGGACUGUUGCUAAAAAGGAACCUUGUCGCCGUUGGGGUGGUACUAGUGAGUGUAACUGUCCAAAAGGUCCUAAAUCUUGUAUAUGCACGAAGAAAGCUUUACCGCCUCCUAACGAUCCUACUCCUUGUCCACCGCCGGAGAAGGAAGAUAUUAGUGAUGUUGUGGCUUGUCCUCAUAAAGAAGGUGCUCCUUGCGGUGCUGACUGUGCUUUGCAUACCAUUCCAAGUUGUGUAGGUGCAGAUGUAGCAUCUUGGAGCACAAAUCCUUGUAAGGAACAAGUGUGUCCAUUCUCGAAGAAUAUGAGAGCAGCUCAAUGUUUUCUUGGACCAGAAUCAUUAUCUUCAUUGUCAAAUCUACCGGAAUCUAUUAAGCCUGAUAUAUCAGUUUUACCAGAACAGAUCAUGUGUAAUUGUGGAAAUACUCCCAAAAAGCCAUGCACGUGUCGUGGAGAUGUAAAAUAUGUCAAAACUACACUAAUGACUGAAUGUAAUAAAAGUACAUGUGUGUUAAUAUGGGAUCAAGGAGACAAUGAAAUAGAACUCAGAGAUUCAACGAAAGAAUAUAAAGAGAAUAUAAACAUUACCGACACUGAACCUAAAAAUAAGAAAGAUAAAGCACCAUUAGUAGUUUCGAAACAAUCUAGUUUUAGUAAUAAAAAUAUUACUUUUGGUAAACAAUCCAAUGACGUAGCUGAUUGUUCUUUUUCAAAUGCAUUAAAAAUUUCCAUACUAAACGAGAAUGGAGGGUUGGAUGUUUAUUUUACUGAUAUAAUAAACACUCCAUCAGGAGGUUUAGCAAUGAAAGUUGACGAAAAAGUUAUACAUUUUAUUGAAAAUAGAAUUAAGGACGAUCCUAAUUUGUUAGUAUAUUUAAAUGAAAAAAAAUCAGGAUAUUUUUUGAUCGAUUUUGCUUAUAAAGAAAGUGCAUAUUGUAGAUCUAAAAGGCUAUUAAUAAACAGGACACCAUCAGGUACUAUGUCAUUUAAAGUAGAAAAAGGACAUUUGAAAACGAUCAAACCUAGUUUUACACAGAGUGUAUUAGAACUAAAUGAUGAAUUAGCAAAAAAGUCGUCCAUAUGUAUAAAAUUAUCAAAAACUAGUAAAGUUACUAAUAAGAGCUCAACAGAGCAUGUGAAGAAAAUAACAAACGUAACAAAUUAUCAGCGUAAUGAAACAGAUAAAGUAUCUCAUAAAUCAGUUGAGAGCUUCAAAACUCAAUUAGAGAAUCAAUAUAAUUACGGCACUAAACAUAUCACUUUGAAGAUUCAAGCUGAUAACAAUUAUUUCAAAUAUGCCGAUGGAAGAUUAUUAAAGACAAAGUCAGGAAAUAUUGCUAUAAUUAUUAAAAAUGUUUGUAUAUUUAAUAACAUAUUUGAUAAAACGGAUGAAGCUUUUAUUUCUUUGGAUAAAUCAGAUUCGGUCACGUUUUUGAUAGAUAUAAACGGACAACAUAAUAAUAAAGUACCUAAUGCUUCUCUGAAAAAAGAUUCUCAAGAGAAUCUAAUAGUCGUUUUAGCAGACACAUAUAAAGAAAGCCAAGAAAUUAAAAUCAAUUCUGAUCCUGUACACAAAGGAAAUUUCUAUAAAAUGAGAAUAAAAGGGAUUGAAAAUAUUGGUGAAUCACCUGCAAUAUUAAAAUUAACGCCAUCAGAAAAUUAUAUAAUUGUUGUAGAUAAGGAAUUCGAAAAGAAAUAUAUACAAACUAUUAGUGAUUAUAUGGAUGAUAAUUGUAAGUGCUCUCUGGAUCUAGUUAGAACCGAUUCAGGUAAUUAUGAAAUAAUAUUCGGUAACAGUUCAGUUUCACAACAGGAGCGAAAUGCUUUUAUAGUAAAAUCUCCAUCUGGAAAUAUAAAAAUUUUAGUUAACGGGCCUGCUUUUGAAACUCUUUCGAGAACAUCAGGGUUAAAUCCGAAUAUAUCAAUUCAUAACUCAUUUAGUGAAAUAAUUGAGAAAAUGUUUGACAAACUUCCUUCAACAUGCCAACAAGUCAAUACGGAACAAGUAAAACAAUCUAAACUUCUUGCUACAAACAGUAAAAGCGAUUCACAUUUACAUGAAAAAGUUAAAUUUAGACUUCAAAACCAGCAAAUUUUACUUUCGGAUCCUUCUGCUUUGUUAAAAAAGAUCAAUUCUGGACAGUAUGCUAUUGUUACAAAUAAAAAAUCAAAAAUAACUUUCAUGAAUACUUUAAAAAGUUAUUUAGCAAGAAAAUCACUAGAUAUUAUUCCAAUCAAACGAAUAAAUUCUAGAGAAAUCACUAUAAUGUUAAAUAACGACGAUGGAAUAAAUGAUCAGAAUGGAUCAUUGAAAAUUACGCCGUCAGGAAACAUUUACAUUUUAAUUAAUGAAACUGUUAUAAAAAGUAUAAAAAACUGUAACUUGAAACGGGAAUGUGAUGAAUAUAUUGAUCAUUUUAAAAGUUAUCCUUAUAAUAUAAAUACUGCUAAUAAAGCGGUCACUACAACUUGUAAUUUUCAGCCCGAUGAUUGUUCAUGCGAUGAUGUAACUAGAUGUUUUUGUAAAGAAUUACAAUGUCAAUAUACAAAUACAUUAGAAAAUUCAGAAGAAAUGGAAAAUAUACGACUUUUUAGACCAGAAAUGUGUGGGAUUGAUUGGAGAAAAGUUAAAAGAAGACCCAAUAAAAUCUAUAAGAUUUGUGAUCCUAACAAGUGUUCAUCCAAGUGUUGUCCGAAUGACAAAAAACAUAGUAAAUAUGUAAAAACACAUAUAAAAUCACCACAUAUAGCAAUUAAACCUCGAGAAACUAGAUUAGCACAGAAAAAAGAUUCUCAACGAAAUAAACAUUGUUUUUAUUUAACAGAAUCUGUUUGUCCAUAUCACAAGGAUAGAUAUGAUAAUGUUUCGAACGAAUUAUUAGAAAUUUCUGGAUUAUGCAAUAAGGUGCAAGGACAAAAAAAUAAAUUAAGAAAAGUUGUUGCAAAUUUAACAUAUACUAGAAAUGCUAAAUCUUUGAUGCAACCUUUUGAUUAUUUAGACACCUUACCUCCACAACUGCCGUAUUUUCUUAAUAACUAUCACGUAUAGAUACACAAUAAUUAUAUAAUGUUUCCGUUGUCUCUAUGGAUAAUUAUAGUUAAAUUGUAUUUGUUAAAUAAAUGUAUAUUACAUGUUGGUAAUGUCAUGAUCUGUAAUUAGAGCCGAAAUAAAAACUA